CCUUCCUUCCCCCUUUUCACUCAUUGUGAUGCUGAAGCGGAAGAGAUCAGAAAAGACUGCAGAAAGCCCUCUUCUUGACAGCAAUGGUUCACCCGCUCCUUCAGAAGCUCCGGAAUUAGUUCUUACCUCUCGCCUUGACCUUUCUUCUCGUCCACAACUUACCAUUUCUCGUGGCCCCAGUUUCGUGCCCAUCCCAGAUUCCGACACGUUUUUCAAAACAGAUUUUACCGGUAUAAAUCGACAUGGCUAUCGCUACUCACCGGCCGGAAUCAACCCACGCGGUUUCUUCCUUCCCUGUCGCACUAUUGAAACCAAACCUACUUCGUAUAGAGUCAGUUGGGAGGACCGAAGCCCAUUCGUCUAUGUCACUCCCGAUGGGCUGAAAUUGCUUGGGUCCAAGGGUUUUCGCAGUGCUCGCUGCAAUGCUCCGAUACGAGAAGGGCGUUGGUAUAUGGAAGUGAAAAUAUUACGUGGCGGGGGUGAACGAUUGACAGAGGAUUCAAGACGCGAUGGUGGGCAUGUCCGGUUAGGUUUUGGGAGACGGGAGGCACCUCUGAACGGCCCAGUAGGAUUGGAUGGGUAUAGCUACGGAUAUCGCGACAAGACUGGCGGGAAAGUGACUCUAUCCCGUCCUCGCCCAUACGGUCGUCCAUUCACCUCUGGAGACGUCAUUGGCAUGUACAUUUCACUUCCUCCGCGACGACAAUCAGAUCCAAAGGACCCCAGUGACCCAGCGCGAUUGAAACGCGAACGUAUUGCGAUUGAUCUCAAGGGUCAGGAAACGUUCGAAAUUCUCGAGUACCCUCAGUCAAAAGAGAUGAUCGCUCUCAUGGAUUAUUCGGGCAGCAAGCCAGCCACUACCCCCACGCAAACUGCUCCUUUUGCCAAACCAAAUGGAAAACCUUCUGAUCGUGCCUCUUCUACGAAGAGUAAGGUCCCAGGUCCCACUCUCAGACCUCUCCCCACUCUCGCAAAUUCUCGCAUUGCAUUUUUUGUCAAUGGUGAAUGCCAAGGUAUCGCCUUUCAAGACAUUUACGACUAUCUACAGCUUCGCACUACUGCUGUGGCUCAUAAGGGAAAGGAGAAAAAGCGAGGCAGGGAGGGUGUCAAGGAGCAUAGGGAGAACCCGUUUGACGACGGUACACUCGGCUAUUAUCCCUUCAUUUCCUUGUUCAACGGUGCAUCGGUUGAACUCAAUCCUGGACCAGAUUUUGCAUUCCCUCCUCCACCCGACGUAGAUGCUCUUCUAGACGGCUCGACUACAGCAAAAAUGGAAGGGCAAGAGCCGACGUGGCGUCCCAUUUGUGAACGGUACCCAGAGUUCAUGAAAGAGCAGUGGGAACUGGAUGAAAUCGAGGAGGAGGAGGCAAAGGUGGAAAGUGCGCGAUUAGCUGCACAGGAACAAGUGGCAGCAGAAAAGAAGGCGCAGAAAGAGAAAAAACGGAAACAAACUGAAGUGCGGAAGCGUAGCAAGCUGCAGGCGAAUGUUAGUUCUAAAGAUCCAUCGGAACCAUUAGUCGCCAGUCCCCUCAAACAUGGCACGUCGUAUCCCCCAGAGUCUCGGCUUGGGUCACCAACCCCGACGAUUAUAUCAUCUCAUAGUGAUGUGCAAGGCGCACAAAGUGGUUAUACUUCUGAUGUUGUAGAUGCAGAGAUGGAUUCAGCUGACACCACCGAGAUUCUCGUCGGCACCUCCGAAUGAUUCAUGGUCACUUUCCAAUGACAUUCAGGCGACAUCAGAGGGACCUGAAUAUCCUGUUAUUACUCUGCUUCUGCUUCGUCUUGCGCCAACUCUCACGUUAGUGGCCGCAUUUUAGCCUUUUAGUCUAGGGUGAGUCAAUGGGGGUCCGCUCGAGGCUGGAGUUGUCACUGCGAACAUGGACGAUAUCAAAGCCAAUUUAGCGCCAUAAAUUGUGUCGACUGGGCGCCUACUGUAUUACAUAGGCCGGGUUACCCGAUUGAACCGAUUGGUA